AUGGCUGGUCUUGACAUAGAUUUCACGCGACGGAACAAGAAGCCGAGGCCAUUGUCCGAAAUGGAGAAGGAGAAGCUGGACGAGUUCGUCGAUUCCAUCCACUACUCUUCUCGCUAUAACGACAGCGAAUACGAGUACCGACAUGUGCAGCUUCCCAAGCAAAUGCUGAAGGCCAUCCCGAAGGAGUACUUUGACGGUGCGAGAGGAACGCUCAAACUUCUUUGGGAAGAGGAAUGGCGGGCACUCGGAAUCACACAGAGUCUGGGUUGGGAACAUUACGAGGUGCAUGAACCAGAGCCGCACAUUCUUCUCUUCAAGCGCCCGAUAAACUACCAACCACCGAUGCACUGA